GGCGUUCUUGUUUUACUUAAAUGUAUGAGCUAGCUAGGAGAGCACGCGACAAGUAGCAGGCUUUGUUCCCGGGCUCACGGGUAUAAGCUUAAUGGGUCAUGUGGGAAAGCGACAACCACCCUUUCUGAAAACCAUCUCGCGCUGCCCCGUCCUCCCAGAGCCCAAAUGGCCUGUCCGUGUGUGUCUGCGUGCGUGUGUCCGACAAUGAUCGGUCUAUGCUUUGCGACCCGAGGGCCCAAAUGACGCAACGAAAUGCAGGCAGUGCGUUGGACGCGAGACGACCCCGAUGAGCUCGGCCCGACUUAACGGACCGUGAACCAACCACCAAGCGCGUUGUUGCGAGGUGGUUGGUUGAAUCCGGCGCCUGCGUGCGCCCCGGCGUAAGCGCUGAUUGGAAGAACGGAGAUGACGGAUUGCCCUAUCCGCCACUCAGCGGCAGGGGGCUUGUUCGGGUUCGAGGCGUCGAUGCCCUUACGUUCUCCUAAAGUCUUUUCUUAAGUUGAUAUGGCUGCGGCCGGCGAGCUGCUGGGACGUCGGUGAGGAGAGGAGGCGAGGUCUUUCCGAGGUUUUGGCUACGAUUCCCCUCAGCAAUGGCGCUUCGGUCGGGGUUCUGGGAGCUGUUGUCUGUUUGCAGGAACCCCGGAUGUCGGGUGGCAGUGCUGUCGACCAGUUCCAAGCCAGCGGUGAAGCCUGAAGCGGACCCCGAAGGAAAUGAAGCUGUUGCCCCGGAGUUCACCAACCGGAACCCCCGGAAUCUGGAGCUCUUAGCUGUAGCCAGAAAAGAGCGGGGCUGGGGGACAGUGUGGCCCUCCCGCGAGUUCUGGCACAGGUUGCGAGUUAUAAGGAGUCAGCAUCACAUAGACGCGCUUGUUGAGCAUCGCAAUGGCCAGACUGUGGUUUCGGCAUCCACUCGUGAAUGGGCCAUUAAAAAACACCUUUAUAGCACCAGAAAUGUGGUGGCUUGUGAGAGUGUAGGACGAGUGCUGGCAGAGCGGUGCUUGGAAGCAGGAAUCAACUUCAUGGUCUACCAACCAACUCCUUGGGAGGCAGCCUCAGACUCGAUGAAACGACUGCAGAGUGCCAUGACAGAAGGUGGUGUGGUGCUGCAGGAGCCUCGGAGAAUCUAUGAAUGAAGCAGAAGCGUUGCUUGAUACUUGUAAAUGUAAAGCUGUCAGCUGUUCGUUCAUCAGGAGAGAGUCUCUAGACGAACCGCCAGCUUGGACGUCCUGUACAGUAACCUAACAGUGGAAUGUUAUUAGUAGUUAAGAUUGUCCUCUUCUCCCCUUGUGUGUGUUUGUUUUAAAUCCAGGGCUAAAUUCUUCUCCUCUCUCUGACGUGAGAGAAGUAUUUGAGAAGAGCUGUUGCCAAUUAUAAUUAACUAUUUUUUUUUUUUUGCCGUACGCGGGCCUCUCACUGUUGGGGCCCCUCCCGUUGCGGAGCACUGGACGCGCAGGCUCAGUGGCCAUGGCUCACGGGCCCAGCCGCUCCGCGGCAUGUGGGAUCUUCCUGGACCAAGGCACGAACCCGUGUCCCCUGCAUCGGCAGGCGGACUCUCAACCACUGCGCCACCAGGGAAGCCUAUAAUUAACUUUUGAGGAAAAAUGUUUAUAAGUUAAAGAAUAAAGGUAUAUUGUGAACUCUUA